AUGUCAACAACAGAGAACACAACAACAGUUAUAGUCCAUGAAGCUAUAAAUGAAGAAUAUGAGUGGGUUCAGUUUAACAAACAGUUACGUCUCAUUCGUUCGGUCAAAGACGAUAUGUACCAAAUGCAAAGUAUUUUGACAGCAUGUUUUGCUCCAGAUACUAAACACGCAGACGACUGGUUCAAAAACCAAAGCACACAAGAACUUUUGAGUGAAAUUUCUCUAGACCGACUUUUUUCGGCCAUGCAUAAAACACAUGAAAAUCGUAAAAAUUUGCCAAAUGGUUUGAGAGGUUGGUAUGUACAUAGACUUCUUGUAAAUGCUGUUGCAAUGUGGGCUUCGCCUCGUUAUGCUUGGUAUAUUUACAGACUUCUUGACGAAAUUCAUAGACAAGAACGUGAAGAGAUGGAAAAGAAACUUCAAGCAAAAGAUGAAGUCAUUGAAGCAAAAGACAAAAACAUUCAGAAAAGAAUACCACGUUCGGUACCAAAAGGAAAGGAAAAGAACUAUAAGUAUAUGAUUUAUACUGAAGAGAUGGAAAAUGAAGAAGAUAAAGAUAUGGUUAUGUUGCAUUUAGUCAGAAGAAACAACAAAAGCUUUUACGACCUUGCUAAGAUUUACAAAUCUGACAGAAAUUGGUUCUAUCGCGAAAACUUACCGAUUUCAAUGACCCCAAAUGAAGAUGUGAAACAAAUAGUUCAAGAUACGUUACCUCAAACACACUAUGAUAUGAAAGGUUGUACAAUACUUACCUUCAAAGAAGAUUUGCCAUUGUUAAAGGAAAAAAUAACAGAGUAUUUUGACAACUUCAAACAAGUAGGGUAA